AUGGUGCAACUUCGGUCUCUCCUCUCCCUGGCAGCGCUUGCCCUGCCCCUCGUCGCAGCCGCCUCCGAUGUCGUUAACCUGAUCCCUUCGAACUUUGACAAGAUCGUCUUCGAGUCCAACAAACCGGCCCUGGUCGAAUUCUUCGCCCCUUGGUGCGGCCAUUGCAAGAACCUCGCUCCCACAUUUGAACAGUUGGCGACGGCGUUCGCUGCCAGCGGUGACAAAGUCACCAUCGCAAAUGUAGAUGCCGACAACCACAAAGAGCUGGGCAAGAGAUUUGGUGUGCAAGGAUUUCCCACGUUGAAAUGGUUUGACGGCAAGCCUGGGAGCCAGCCGGAAGACUACAACGGCGGCCGGGAUCUUGAGAGUCUGACCAAGUUCAUCGUCGAGAAGACCGGCGUCAAGGUCAAGGGUCCCAAAAAGGCUCCUAGCCACGUCGAGAUGUUGACCGAUACCACUUUCAAGCAAGAGGUCGGCGGAGACAAGGACGUGCUGGUCGCCUUCACCGCCCCGUGGUGCGGACACUGCAAAACACUUGCUCCGACUUGGGAGAAACUGGCCGAUGAUUUCGCCGCGGAACCCAAUGUCCUCAUCGCAAAGAUCGAUGCCGAAGCCGAGAAUUCCAAAGCCACCGCCCAAGCACAGGGUAUCACUGGCUAUCCUACCAUCAUGUUCUUCCCCAAGGGCUCCACUGAGCCUGAACCGUAUAGCGGUCCACGCAGCGAAGAGGCUCUCGUCGAUUUCGUCAACUCGAAAGCGAGCACUUAUCGACUUCCAGGAGGUGGUCUGAACACGCAGGCAGGCACGGUUGAAGCCAUCGACAGUGUCCUCGCCAAAUACAUCACGGCUGGGGGCAUCAAAGACGUCGAGAAGGCAACAGCAGAAAUCAAGAAAAAGGCAAAGGACGUGAAAGACAAGUCGGUCGACUACUAUCUGCGUGCCCUUUCCAAGUUGAGCGGCAACCCAGAAUAUGCGAAGAAGGAACAGACCAGAUUGGCCGGUCUCCUGAAGAAGGGAGGUUUGGCCCCGGAGAAGAUUGAUGAUCUUCAAAGACGCAGCAAUGUCUUGUCUAAGUUCCUGGUGAAGGAUGCUCCCAAGAGCGAGUUGUAG